CGAAAAUGAGAAACACCCGGUCCCAUUCAAUGGGCCGUAAUGUUAUGUCGGAUUAAAGCAGAAGUUCGUUUUAUGGCCGGCAAUUCGAAGCAGCCGUAAUCGUUGCUGUGUCGAGCCAAUGACAUAACCGUGAAACGGUAAAUUGCGCUCACCUAUCGAUGACGGAUCCCAAUACCUGUUUUGUAUAUAUAUAUAUAUAUACAUCGCAAUAACGCUCAACAAUUAUUAUUAUUUUUCCCUCUUCUUUUUUUUUUUUUUUUUAAUCAUCCCAUCCUAUUAUUCCCCAUCACGACGUGCUCGUCUCUUGUUCGAAACGAGUCUGUUCAACGAACGAAAUUGUAACCUUCCCAUUGUGCAGCAGUGACCGUGGCAAAUACGCGAUAAACAGGAAGAUGAAUGCGAGCAACAGCGAGGUCAUUGAAAAUUUCAGGCAGCCUGAACAUUUCGCGUUCCUUUCCCGAGUAAACGCGAAAUUAUUUUGUACGAACCGUGAAAUUCCUUCGAACGCGCGCCUUCUUUUUAUCGGAUCAGGAUUUUUGGAAAUCCAAAACGCGCGCGAAUAUUUAAAUUCGAUGGAAAAAAAGAAGUGAAAUCGAGAGAACUUUGACUCACGUGACGAAGUUAAACCGUUCGAUUGCUACGAGAGGGAAAUAGUUAUUCACAGGUGGUGGAAUUACGUUGGACGAUUUCGAGCGAUCGCCGUUGCAACAUUAUCGAGAGGAACGGUGUACCAAAUCUGUUAAUCGCAAAAGCUCGCUGUUCCUCGUGUGCUCAUUAUACUUGGCGGGCCACGGGCUUCCCAUUGAACGAUGUAGAAUUAUCAUCGAUCAGCCGAUAGCAUUACGAUUCCAUUAUCUGCAUCUGUGCCGAACUCGGCCCGGCUAACCCUCGCUCGUUACCAACCGCCUCCAUCUCCAACCCGUAAUCCCAUCAUUGUGCCGUACCUUGCGAAUAUUAUCUAGUAUUUACUAGACGUUAAUUAAUCUUCCUUAAAAUCAUUAUUUUCAAACACGUUUCUUUCUGUAUACAUCCACUUUCCCUUUUAUUCCAAUCGUUUUCAUAAAUAAAACCUUAUCCGAAAUGAUACUCCCCUCGUCAAAUUCUUCUUGAUUCAUUUUCGAAAUUGACGAGGAUAUUAAUUUCAUUUUCGAAAUCGAGAAUUUUUCUUCUUCCCCUCCCUCGAACUUCGAACUUUCGUUUCGAAGAAAGGCGAGUUUACGUGCGGAGGGAGGACGUUCGAAAUUCCGUCGAUCGUGCGUCGCGAAACGAAGGAGGCCAACGACAUUCGACGGGAGGACGGCGCGCGCCCACUCGCGAAAUGGUCGUGGGCCAGACUGGCGCGUCGCAUCGACGCGUCCCACGAAAAUCUCGCGGCACUCUCUCGUGGCGGCGAAGGGCGCAGGCGCCCCCGACGUCCGGCAUCCGGUGGCGGCAAGCCGACUCCGGAUUUUCUCUCUAGUGUCGCGUCAACCGCCGCUCGAGUGUCGCGCGCGUCGUUCUGCACCCUUCUGCACUCGACUCGACUCGAAUCCAACCCUCCCUCUCGAUUCCUCGACGCGCGCUCCUCGAUGCCAUGGAUUCCAUUCCGACGGGGUGGCUCGCGUGAUUUUGAGCGGGGAGGUAACGCGCAAUUAUGAGGGAGAAACGUUAAAACGGUUGAGCCGUGGUGGUUCGCGGCCGAGAAGGAGAUCGAAUGGGUGACGACACGUGUGUUUAUAUUUAUAUUCGUUUACACCGUAACCGUUCCCUCGAAAUAUCGCCGCGAUAUUAUUGUCGAGUGUGUAUGUAAACACGUGUACGUAAAACUCGUGCGUGUAUAUUGUUGCUCGAAGGUGUUUCGCAGUCGGCGUUUCGUCGUCGUUCGAGCGAUCGUCGAAGGGGAAAAAUCUUUUUUGUGGGAAAGGAACGUCGUGCGUGUGUGUGUGUAUGUGUGUGUGUGUCGCAAAGAAGGGGGCAAUCGGAGGAAAGUGCGUCGACUAUGAAUUGGUGGAAAGUGCGAGCUGUCGCGAAUUCACCGGAGAAUCCGUCGCCCGGCUGUGAAGGAAUGCUCGUGUCGGGCGCCGAAGCACGAGGGACGUCGCAUCUUUAACGUAAUGAUGCAGAGGGCGGUGCUACUGCUCUGUUGGCUGCCGCUCCUCAACCACUGCCACGCCGUGAAUCCAGGUUGCUCUUGCGUCGUCUACAGCAGCUCGGACAGACCCCAAGGUGGCACGUUCACAUCGCCUUAUUAUCCAAAGCCAUAUCCGUCGAAUAUCGAUUGCCUCCUUUACACGUUCAUCGGUCAACCCGACGAAAUCGUCAAGCUGACGUUUCACCACUUCAAUAUCCGUCGCGCUCGAUCAGACUGCGUGGGUGGCGACUUUUUAAAAGUGUUUCUGCAUUUGGAGGGGAGCGGCGUUUCCGAGUACACCCCCUGGUCCGGAGUGCUUUGCGGGGAUCUGCGGGACGUCCCCCAGGUCCUCUACAGCUCGAGGUCCACGCUUAUCUUGGAGUUUCACACCCAGGAAUCUUCGUCCUCUAAUGCGACCGGCUUUUUUGGAAAUUUCCACUUCAUCGAUAGGCGACUGUUCGAGACGGACGGCGUGUUGAUUCCCGGCACGAUGUGCGACCUCGAGUUUGUCAGCUCGCAAUCAAAACGGCAAUACGGCCGCUUCUACUCGCCACGGUACCCGUCCUCCUACCCAAAGAACAUCCGGUGCUCGUACCUCUUCCGGGCAAGGUUGAAGGAGAGGAUACGUUUAUUUUUCGAAGAAAUUUCUUUACAAAAGGGAGACUUGAGUUGCCUGAAUAGAGCGGAUUUAAUCAGAGUGCACGACGGUACGGAUUCGGGGGCGGCCACAAUAGCUAUGCUGUGCAACCAAGGAGCGGAAGUGGAAGUGCUCAGCACAGGGUCGGACCUGUACGUCGAGUUCGUCGCUAAUUCCGAGUGGCCGGGCCAGGGUUUCAAGGCGAUGUUCCAAUUCCAGCCAUUCGACGAUGCACCGCAUCCCGAGCCGGACAAGGUCGUCCCAGGGGCCGUUACCGGUAACCCCAAGUACUCGGUCAUCGGACCGGCUGUCAGCGCUACCACGUCGCUUUGCGAUAUGGUUUUCAACAGCGACACGACGAAGACAGGGGUGGUCACGUCUCCGGGAUAUCCGAAUCCUUAUCCACCGAGGACGCACUGUACGUACGAGUUCCAGGGGCGGGGAAAGGAACGUGUCCAAUUGGUAUUCCACGAUCUCAACUUGUAUCAUACGUCGAACACGGCGAACGAAUGCGAGGGCGUGGACUCCUUGAUGGCGUACGUGCACAUAGACAGAAAGAAGGAGAAAAUAGAUUCGUUCUGCGGCGAGAAACCGGCACGGCCUAUCAUGAGCAACGGACCACGUCUCUCUUUGGAAUUCAACGGAAUCACGUCGUCCCGCCAAUCCCCAGGCUUCAAGGCUGUAUAUACCUUCACGGAAAACUUUGGUAUUACGACGGGCCGACAAGAGGCGCAAUAUCCCUGUGCCUUUGUAUACAACAGCAACGAGACACGAAACGGCACGUUCACGUCGCCCAAUUACCCGGGCUUGUAUCCACGCGACACCGAGUGCCAUUAUUUCUUCAACGGCCAGCCGAACGAACGAAUCCAUCUCCAUUUCCAUUUCUUCGAUGUCGAGGGUGUGAUGCCGUGCGAGCCAGUGUCCGCGAGCGACUUUGUCGAAUUUUCGAAUUUCAUGUCGAGGGACCGGAAGUACUCGAGGCACUGCGGCCAACAGAAGGAGUUCGACGUGAACAGCGACAGAAAGUUCUUUCGCGUGACGUUCAAGAGCAACGAUAGAUACGACGGGACAGGAUUCAACGCUAGCUACGUGUUCGUGGAUGACGAGGGAAAUUACACGACGAAGCCGCCGACGAGUAACGCGUCAACGUUAAAAGGUGCAACGAUGAUGAUGCUGCUGCUGCUGCUCGUGUUCACGGAUCCUCUUCUCCUCCGUUCCGGCCGAGUUUCACCACGCUUUAAUCACGAUCAGUAAGUUGGACGGGAUGGUCUUGGCUCAAUUUACAACGAACUAUAACUUGGAAGACGGGGAGCCAUCCGAAAUCCUCCAUUAUGCUCGGCUAGCCGAGGAAAGUGGCCGCAUCGUUUGCAUCGAUGUGAAAAUCGGGGGGACACAUCUUCGAGGGACGCGUUCGUGAUUCGUUUAUUAUUAUCAUCGUUAUCACGGGAACCUUGUCUCCAACCAAACGUUAUUAUUAUUAUUAUUAUCAUCUCGUUCACGUUUCGUAGUCGUUGGUUGGGCGACAGAAGAACGACAAAUAUAUAUAUAUAUAUAUAAAUAUAAAUAAUUAUCUCGAGAAUUAGGGUUAUGAAAUUUUCUCGAGAAGAGUGUAUGUGGUGGAAUAUUCGAGAUAACCAAGAAGAAAAUAGACAAUCUUCUCGCGAGAAAAAAGGAAGAGAAAUUUAAAAAGCAUCGAUGACUCUCUCUCAAAUAUCCAUCGAUCGUUGCCUUACUUCUUCUUCUUCUUCUUCUUCUUCCAUUCGAGAAAGAAAAGAAAUAAAUCUAAUAAAAAUAUUCAUAAUAUCCCGAAUACAUCGCACUCGCUAAAAAUCUCGUAACGCGAUAUUAAACGAAGAGAGAGAGAUGAUUCAGUGGAUACGAAUAAGAGAGAGAGAGAGAGAGAGAAACGAAUACGAGUCUAUAUAAUUUGUUUGUAUAGAAUUACGAAAGUGCUGGAUUGUUAAUUGUUCUCCUCCUCGUACGGAAACGAAUUUAUUCAAUUCCCCUGUAAAAACUAUUUAUCCCAAGGAAUUUAUUCGAAAGUCAUACAACGUGCAUAUAUACAUAUAUAUACGUUAACGGAGAAGAAAAGAGAAAAAUUCGCCUUCCUACAGCGACGCUAAAAAGAAUGUAUUUAUCAUUACGCAUCCUCUAUACGACUGUGAUGUUUCCAUUCCUUCUUAGGUUCGUUAGAAAUACAAAGUCUGAUUAUAUAGAAGAGAGGUAAAAGAGGGGGGGCAAGAACUUCGUAACGAUAUAAUAAAAAUCGAUCGGGAACGAAUUAUCCGUGUCGAUCGAUAUCGAAAAAGAAGACGAGUGACGAAGAAACUCAAAAAAGAUCUCCAGGAAGAAACGGAGAUCGGAUUUAUAACGCAAGCAGCGUGUUCCAAUAUUGAUAAUCGAACGAUAGAAUUCGACCAGUUUUGGAGAUCCGAUAAUUACGGACUGUUAUAUAUAUAUAUAUAUAUAUAUAUAUAUAUAUAUAUAUAUAUAUAUAUAUAUAUAUAUAUCGCUGGUUGCAACUGGAGAAAAGUUUGAAAUAAUUUUCCGAUGAUAUACGCAUGCAUUCUCACGUUGAAUAUUCGAUAAACUUGUUCGAACCAACAAUGGGACGCUUAAACGACAAUUAGAUUCGAAACGGAAACAAGGAGGGAAGGCCACGGUUUUAAUAAAAAGAAAACAGUGGUAAGAAGUCGGUAAGGUGGGGAUUGUUACGUGGUACACGAAAAAACUUACGUUCAAACUUUCGUCCUCCACUUAUCGAUCGAUCGACAGAGAUAAAUGUUUAAACGAGCGAUACGAGAGAGCGAGAGGGAGAGAUACGGCGAGAAUGCAUCGGAGGUAAGCGCAAAGUCAUUACCGACCGAGUUAACGAUAGUUUCGACGCAAACUUUAUGACACAAAGGUUCGCCACUUUGCCGGAAAAUUAUUUCAAACUGUACAAACUAACGGUCAAACUGUAAAGCCAAGGCCCACUUUCUCGAGCUUAUCCGCGUGUGGCGAGGUAAUAUAAAUACUCGAGGGGGUGGAGUUUUUUCCAAUCCGUUAUUAUCAACGGAUCGAAGAUAUCUCGGUCGAAUAAAUAAAUAAAUAUAUAUAUAUAUAUAUAUGUCGUGUAACGAACAAUAAGAGGGGGAAAAAAGCUACGACGUUGAAGAAAGAAAAAAAAAAAAAAAGGAAAGAAAUUGAACUCUGACGAAUUCGAUAUCAAAUCCAUGUGUCCCAAAGAUGCAUGGGGAUUAGCUAGCAAUACUGUCAUACAUUGUGUACGUUAGACUACUGUGAAUAUUUUUUAAUAGGUUUAUAUAUAUAUAUAUAUAUAUAUGCGUUGACUACUUCUCCCGAGUUUCUAGUUGAUUUUUCUAAGGAUCAAAGAGUUGCGUCAAGAGGAGGGUACUACUAAGUGUAAUUAAAUUGCAAUUCGAAUGAGAUUGAUGGAUUAUUACGCUAUUGUAUACAUGAAGCGGUUGCCACUUUUUAUUUAUUAUUGUUAUUUAUAAUACGUUGUCUAAACGAAGAGGGAGGGUUCGACGGAAACACUUAUUAUAGAAAGUUGUAUUACAACCCGAAUUAUCGACGAAAUUGCUUGAACAACUCCAUCGUUGUAAAUAUUGUUAUAUUACGAUCCGUUGCUGUCGAAUUAUCGAUAUUAUUAUCGAGAGGGAAAAAGAGAGAGAAAGGAACGAUAAUAGAGAGAUGCUACGUUAAGUUUGUCAUUUCCGUUGCACGUUGCUAAUCUCUAAGUCUGCAGAGAUAAGUAAAAAAAAAAAGAAACGCUAUGAAUUAAUUUGCCAACUGCUCUGGCGAGCCAUUGCGAGCAAAGAAUUAAAAGAAACCUUGAAGGGGAUAUUGUAAUAAAGAGGAAUUACGAAAAAGACGAGGCAAAAAAAAGGGGGAGGGGGGGAAAUAUAAUAAAAUACGUACGCGCUUCUGAGAAAAAAAAAAAGAAACGAAAAAAAAAAAAAGUAGAGGCGAGAAACAAAGAUACUUUGCGCCGGUUCCGUGAAAUUUUAAUUUCGCCACGAUUUAAAAGUAAACACCAUGCCUAGUUAUUUUGCGAAGAUUAGAUAGUGCGCUUGUAUGCAUUUAACAGGAAGGAUGUGUACAAGAGACCGCGCGACUUACAACUAUAUAGUUGAGUAAUAGUAAAUAUUGUAAAAAAGAAAAAAAAAAAAAAAAAAGAAAGAAAACUCUUCAAUCUCUUGCGAUCUUUACGACUCGACCGAGCGCUCCUUAAUUAGGCAGAGGAAGUUCAGGGGCGGCCUAGCAGCAAGUUCCUGAGUUCGAGGG